GCCCGAGAUGCGCUUGCCGCUCUUCUCUUGAAUCCGUUCCCUCGUUUGUUGAUCAAAUCGCGGGAAAUCGUCAACGGAGUAGUGUGUCCCUUGCUUUCAAUGGAUAUUAGAAAUUAUUUUGCCCGAGUUGGGGCAAAGAAGCCAGAGAAGCCAUCCACCCAAGGAAAAGAAGUCAAAAGAAAAGCACUUGUUAUUGACUCAGAUGAAGAAGAUCCUCUUCCUUCCUCCAGUAGGAAGAGAGUUUUAGCUUCUGACUCAGAUGAUGAUGUCCUUUUUGUGGCUAAAAAUAAAAAACAAGCCAAGAAAGAAGGGCCAGCAGCAUUACCCAAGCCAACCACACCAAAAUUAAAACCUGUGGCUCCUUCAGACUUUUUUGGAAGUUCACCGUUGAUCAGAAAAGAGGACAGGAAACCAUCAUUAAAAAGAAAAAAAAGCCGAGACAGUAAUAUAGAAGAAAACAGUGAUGAUGACUUUGAGAAAACUCUGGAGCAGCUUGACAGGCAGCAGCAACAUGCAUCCAAGAGACCAAAACAAGAGACCAAGUCUCCCUUAGGGAAUGAGACAAAGCCAAAGCCAAAUGAAAAUAGUCCUCCAAAUAAAGACGUUCCAAAGGGAGGCUUAGCAAGUAAAUUGUCAGCUAAAGUGAAAGAGAACGCUGACAUAAAAACAAUAAAGGAUGAGAAAACAACACCACAAAAGGACAGUGGACAGAAAGACAAAGAAAAAUUGCAUAGCCAUGAAAAGAAAAAGAAAUACAAAGCUGAGCAGCAUGAAGAUAUACGAUAUCCAAAUGUCAAAAAGGAAAAAAGAUCCCCUGAGAAAGAUAAAACUGUAAUUGUGGAGAAAGAGGAGGGAAUAAGUUCCAAGAAAGAAAAAGUUACACCUAAGAAAGAGAAAGGCAGUCCAUCAAACACAGAAGCAUUAUCAGAAGUGAAAAAGAAAACCCCUAAAAAGAGUGAGACAAGUGAAAGUGAAGAUGUUGGAUCCACCCCCCAGCCAGAUGAAAAGAAGAAAAAUUCAAAGGCAGCUUAUAUGAAGUUUUUGCAGAGAUCUGGGCCCAGUAAUCCAGGCAGCAAAGAGAUACCUGAGGGGGAGCCAGACUGUUUGCAAGGCCUUGUGUUUGUGCUUAGUGGUGUAUAUGAAAGCUUGGAUAGGGAGGAAGCCUCAGAGUUGAUUAAAAAAUAUGGCGGCAAAGUCACAACAUCUGUUAGCCGCAAUACAUCCUAUCUUGUCUUGGGUAAUGAAGCUGGGGAAAGCAAAAUAAAAAAGGCAGAACAAUUAGGCACAAAACGUUUGGAUGAAGAUGGAUUAUUAGACCUUAUUCGUACACGGCCAGGAAAAAGGUCUAAUGAGAAAUCUCCCAAUGAAGAAACACCAAAAAAACUUAAGGCAUUUGCAAAAGAAAGUAAAGGAGAUGCACUUGAGAAAUCUUUGGUGAGCAGUCCGGUGUCAAGGAGCCCAGCUUCUAAGUCUGAGGCAAGUGCAUCUAAAACACCCAGUCCAGGAAGGCCACUCUCUCAGAACACCCCUAGAUCACAGAGAUGGCUAUUCAAGUCCUUAGUCAUCAAGGAAAAAAUUCUACAACGAAGGCAAAAACAAUUAACAAUGGACAAGUUCUUAGUUAAUGAGAAGAGGAAAUUAACUGCAGAGAAAGAUUCAAGGAAAUAUGGUUUCGGUGUUCAAACAAAUCGGUUUUUGACCAAAAUUAUGGAACGGAUUAUGUUCGAGAACCAAGGUUUGACUGUAGUUGAUUAUUUAGGGAAGAAUUUCUGGGUUCUAGGUCAAAAAAUAUCUAGUAAAUGCCUUCUGUCAUUAUUAAUUAUUAAAAUCAUCAGGCAAGUUGCAGUCCAUCAUCCACAAGCAUCAUCCCCAAAGACUCAGCCAUUGUCUUCUCAAGAGCUGAGUGGGAAAUCUGGGGAGACGCUCAUGUGGGUGGACAAAUAUAAACCAGCUAGUCUUAAGAACAUCAUUGGACAGCAGUCAGAAAAAUCCAAUGUGAAGAAAUUACUUUUUUGGUUAAAAAAUUGGCAUAAAAACCAGUCUGGGGACAAGAAACUACAAAGACCAAGUCCUUGGGCUAAAGAUGAUAAUGGAGCUUUUUUCAAAGCUGCCCUUUUAUCAGGCCCUCCGGGAGUUGGUAAAACAACAACAGCACAUAUGGUUUGCAAAGAAGCAGGGUUUGACUUUAUUGAGCUCAAUGCAUCAGAUGCUCGCUCGAAGCGCACUUUGGAUGAAGUUGUUUCAGAACUUCUUUCAAACAAAACUUUAGCUGGUUUCACUAAGAGCAAAGGCCAGAGUAAUACCAGUGCUAAACAUGCUUUAGUGAUGGAUGAGGUGGAUGGAAUGUCUGGCAAUGAAGACAGAGGAGGAGUUCAAGAGCUGAUCACUCUGAUAAAGAAAUCUAAAAUACCAAUCAUAACAAUGUGUAAUGAUAGAAAUCACCCCAAAAUUCGUUCGUUAGCCAACCAUUGUUUUGACCUCCGAUUCUACAAGCCAAGGAUUGAGCAAAUUAGGGUAAGCUUGUUCUUAUGCAUUCAAAAUUCAUAUUUUGCAUGUAAGUUGAGGCUUUAGUAAGAAACCCUCCUA